UUAGGAUUGGAGUCAAUCAUUUAGCAAGCCAGAAGAGUCAGCUUUGAUGCAGUUUGUCAAAGUGCCUCUUUUGUCCUAUCUCCUGUAUGUGGCCCAUGAUGAGGGGGACUUGUGGAAUGCUGUUGCUCCUGCUAAUUCAGACAUUAACAGGAUGGACAGUUCCUCAAACAUCUGGUGCAGCAUUUAGUCCUCCAGUGAGACUGGUCAACUCUGACAGCAGCUGCUCUGGCAGAGUGGAGAUGUUCCACAACGGCAAUUGGGGGACGGUGUGUGACGACGACUGGGAUGGGAAUGACGCUCAGGUGGUGUGUCAACAGCUGGGCUGUGGCAGGGCUCUGUCAGCACCAGGAAAUGCACACUUUGGACAAGGAAGUGGACCAAUCUGGCUGGAUGACCUUCAGUGUUUGGGAACUGAGUCAUCACUAACUGACUGUACACACAUUGGAAUAGGAAUCCACAACUGUGUUCAUUCUGAGGAUGCAGGUGUCGUCUGUGAAGAUGUGACCACAGUAAGACUGGUCAACUCUAACAGCAGCUGCUCUGGCAGAGUGGAGAUCUUCCACAACGGCAAUUGGGGGACGGUGUGUGACGACGUUUGGGAUGUGAAUGACGCUCAGGUGGUGUGUCAACAGCUGGGCUGUGGCAGGGCUCUGUCAGCACCAAGAAGGGCACAUUUUGGACAAGGCAGUGGACCAAUCUGGCUGGAUGACCUUCGGUGUUUGGGAACCGAGUCAUCACUAAAAGACUGUACACACAGAAGAUUAGGAACCCACAACUGUGCUCAUUCUGAGGAUGCUGGUGUCGUCUGUGAAGAUAUGAGCGCAGUGAGACUAGUCAACUCUAACAGCAGCUGCUCUGGCAGAGUGGAGAUCUUCCACAACGGCAAUUGGGGGACGGUGUGUGACGACAUUUGGGAUGUGAAUGAUGCUCGGGUGGUGUGUCUACAGCUGGGCUGUGGCAAGGCUCUGUCAGCACCAGGAAGUGCACAUUUUGGACAAGGAAGUGGACCAAUCUGGCUGGAUGACCUUCAGUGUUCAGGAACUGAGUCAUCACUAAAAGACUGUACACACGGAGGAUUAGGAACCCACAACUGUCGCCAUUCUGAGGAUGCUGGUGUCGUCUGUGAAGAUGUGACCACAGUGAGACUGGUCAACUCUAAAAGGAGCUGCUCUGGCAGAGUGGAGAUCUUCCACAACGGCAAUUGGGGGACGGUGUGCGACGACGUCUGGGAUGUGAAAGACGCUCAGGUGGUGUGUCACCAGCUGGGCUGUGGCUGGGCUCUGUCGGCACCAAGAAGGGCACAUUUUGGACAAGGCAGUGGACCAAUCUGGCUGGAUGACCUUCAGUGUUUGGGAACUGAGUCAUCACUAACACACUGUACACACAGAGGAUUAGGAACCCACAACUGUGGUCAUUCUGAGGAUGCUGGUGUCAUCUGUGAAGGUUUGCAGUAGGACAUCUGUUAACACCGACCGUUGGACCAAUAGCCUGUGUACGAAAUAUAACCAGGUAUCAGAGCUGACAUCUCAGCACAGUGAACUGUUCUGAAUUCAUAACCAUGUUUCUUUUCGUCUUGAUCUUUAGGCGAGGACUGACCGAAUGCUGUGUGUGUAUGUAUUUAAUUAUAUACCAAAUGACAUCAAGAGUAUACAAAAAUAA